GAAGAUUCCAGUUAGUUUAGCCAACUCAACACUUACCACCCGGCGACUCCCGGACCCAAACCCGGAUAAGAAGUGGGGCAACAAUUCACUCGGUCAAGACAGACUGCAAAACAUACUGGGGUUGCUUAUCCUACCUAGCGUGAGGUGUGUGUGACACUACCAACUUCAGAGAUUCAGCACUGAAACACUGUGUUUACUGAGACCUGUGGCAAUGGAAUCUCUACCGCCAGCAAAACCACGACAAGCUUGUCAAGUUCAGAAUCAGCAGAUGCCUUGGAGCAGAAUGUUGCUGGGAUCACUGAUUGUCUUCAGUUGUCUGGUAGCUUCUGUGUCCUCUGAUGAGGAUUACUAUAAGUUAUUGAAGGUGUCCAGAGAAGCCACAACCAGAGAGAUACGACAAGCCUUCAAAAAGCUAGCUCUGAUCAUGCACCCGGAUAAAAACCCACAUGAUGAAACUGCCCACGACAAGUUCCUGAAGGUAACCCGAGCCUAUGAAGUUUUGAAGGAUGACGAUCUGAGGAAGAAGUAUGACAAGUAUGGAGAGAAGGGUCUGCAGGACGAGCAGCAGGGAGGAGGACGAUAUGAGAGCUGGAACUACUAUAGAAAUGAAUUUGGUAUCUACGAUGAUGACCUAGAGAUUGUCACUUUAGAUAGGGGAGACUUCGAUGCAGCAGUGAACUCUGGGGAACUCUGGUUUGUCAACUUCUACUUCCCUCGUUGUCAUCACUGUCACGAGCUGGCUCCCACGUGGAGGGAGUUUGCUAAGGAGAUGGAUGGAGUGAUCAGGAUAGGAGCAGUGAACUGCGGUGACCACAACAGACUGUGUCGCAGCAAAGGCAUCAACAGCUACCCCAGCCUCUACAUUUACAAAGCUGGAAUGAAUCCAGAGAAAUACUUUGGAGAUAGGGCCAAGGAGAGUUUGACUAAGUUUGGCAUGCAGUUUGUGAAGAGCAGAGUUACAGAGCUGUGGCAAGGCAAUGUCUUCACCGAGAUUGAGGCAGCAUUUUCAUCUGGAGUUGGAUGGCUGAUCACCUUCUGUGCUGACUCUGGAGACUGUCUAGAGUCACAGACGAGGCAAAAAUUAGCAGGAAUGUUGGAAGGUCUAGUGAACGUGGGCUGGAUGGACUGCUCAAUACAGGCUGAGUUGUGUGGCAGCUUUGAGGUGACCACCAGCACCACAGCCUUCUUCCCCCCCGGCAGUUCACUGAAGAACAAGGGCAGCGUGCUGUUCCUGCAGAGUUUGGAUACCAGAGAGAUCUAUGGAGAGGUGAUGCAGCAUCUGCCUGACCUGGAGGCUCUUACUAAGGAAACCUUCCAGAGUAAACUGGCCCAUCAUCGGUGGCUUGUCAGUUUUUCUUUCGGACAGAAGACCAUGGCAUCUCAUGAGUAUAAGAAGCUCAAGGCUCUUCUGAAGGCAGCCCACAUACAGGUGGGAAAGGUGGACUGCCUUACUGACUCAGAACUAUGCGUCUCCUUCUACAUUCAAAAGCCCUGCAUCGCUGUCUUCAAAGGCCUUGGGAUUCAUGACUUUGAGAUACACCAUGGGAAGGAUGUGCUGUAUAACAUCAUAGCGUUUGCUAAGGAGAGUGUCAGCGCCCAUGUCACCACUCUGAGACCAGAGAACUUCCCCAGUGAUGGAAAGGAGCCCUGGCUAGUUGACUUCUUUGCUCCUUGGUGUCCGCCCUGUCGUGCUCUCCUCCCUGAGCUGAGGAAAGCCUCGAUCCAGCUGUUUGGUCAGAUGAAGUUUGGAACGCUGGACUGCACCGUGCAUGAGAGACUCUGCAGCAUGUAUAAUAUCCAUGCCUACCCGACCACGGUAAUCUUUAACAAGUCCUCCAUCCAUGAGUACGAGGGACAUCACUCUGCUGACGGAAUCCUGGAGUUCAUACAGGACUUGGUCGACCCCACUGUGGUGACCAUGGACCCAGACAGCUUUGCAGAGCUGGUGAAGAGGAGAAAACACAGCGAGACCUGGAUGGUGGACUUCUAUGCCCCGUGGUGUGGGCCCUGUCAGGCCCUGCUGCCCGAGUGGAGGAGGAUGGCACGGGCGGUGAAUGGUAUGAUAAAGGUGGGGACGGUAGACUGUCAGAAACACCACUCCUUCUGCCAAGGAGAGAGUGUCAGAGCCUACCCUGAGAUACGCCUCUACCCUCAGAACGCCAACCGACGAGACGUAUACCAGAGUUACAACGGCUGGCACAGAGAUGCUCACUCUCUCAAAGUCUGGGCUGUGGGUACUCUCCCAAGAGCAUCAGUGGAUCUGACUCCAGAUGACUUCAGGAACAAGGUAAUAGGAGGGAAGGAUCACUGGGUGGUGGACUUCUAUGCUCCGUGGUGUGGACCAUGCCAGCACUUUGCCCCAGAGUUCGAGGUCCUCGCUCGGAUGGUGAAAGGGAGUGUGAGGGCAGGGAAAGUAGACUGUCAGGCCCACUACCAGACCUGUCAGUCAGCUGGAAUCACAGCCUAUCCCAGCGUCCGAUUCUACCCACACCUGGGUACCAAGAAGCGCGACCAGGGGGGGGAGCACGUCAACAGCCGGGAUGCUAAUAACAUCGCAGACGUCCUCCGCCAGAGGCUCCAGCAGUUAUCUCCAUGGUUACAGGGCAAGGCGGACAACUUCAAGGAUGAAUUGUGAGUUCAAGGGGGUCGAUUCCACUGAGAUGGUUUUCCUUAUGGAAACAUAAAGGAUGGUCAAACACACACACACACACACACACACUUAACAAACAAA